AUGGACGUUGACGGCUCCAAACCGCCAGAUGAUGGAAAGCUCCCUGAGCGCCCCUCCUUCCGUGAUAAACUAAUGGGGGGUGCAAGGGCUGAAGCACCAAAGGAAGUGAAGGACCUAGUGGAUCAAGGGCGAAUGAAAAUCCAGUUAGUGAACGGUAACAGGCUACUGCCAAGAAUAGUAACUGAUCCGUCUGUGGUCGAGGAAAUGAGUGCUCCAUGGAAGGAGGCCUUGGUGGUAACCCUCUUGGGUAAAACCCUUGGCUAUCGCACAAUGAAACUCAAGCUGGCAAAUGUGUGGCGGCUGAAUGGGGAAUUUGACAUGAUUGAUGUUGGUAAUGGUUUCUACAUGGUGAAAUUUGAUAUCAAAGAGGACAAGGAAAAGGUGAUGAAUGGAGGGCCAUGGAUGUUGUUCGACCAUUACUUAGCAGUGUCAACAUGGAGCCCAAAAUUCAUAUCGCCGGCGACAAGAGUAACAAAUACACUAGCUUGGGUCAGGAUUCCAGGGCUCAAUGUGGUGUUCUAUGAUGAAAGCUAUUUGCUGUCGGUAGCAAGGGCGAUUGGAAAACCAAUCAAGGUGGAUCGGAAUACUCUGAAAGCUGAUAGGGGGAGGUUUGCGAGGAUCUGUGUCGAACUAGACCUCACGCUUCCUGUGGUGGGCAAGGUGUGUAUUGAAGACUACUGGUAUAACAUUGAAUAUGAGGGGCUUCAUGUGAUCUGUACGAAAUGUGGAUGCUACGGUCAUCGCAGUCGGGAUUGUAGAGACUCUCCGGUAACCACGGAAGGAGAUCAAGAGCCGGUGCCCCCUGCAGACGGCGGCCAAGGGCCAAACCCUAGCCAGGAAACGGCGCAGGCAACCAAUGCGUUUAAUCAGAAGAACACAGAAAAGGAAACAAUGGAAGUAAGGGAAAGUAGCGUAAUUUCAGGAGAGAAAACUGGAAAUAUACAUGGACUAGGUGCACAAUCAGGGGCCAUGGAAAAUGUGGUAAUUAAUCUGGAAGAGGAUUUCCAAAUCAUGGGAGAUUGGAUCACAGUGACCAAGAAAAAAAGAGAUAAGAAAACGGCUCCAAAAAAUCUGGGGCACAAAGGGAAUAUCCCACGGCCAGAUUCGCAUGGAGUAGUAAUUGGCAAAUCAUUGCCAAGGAGUGCAGCACAGAAACCGAGGGAGGAGCAAACGGUUAAUACAAAUUUCAUGCCACCUGGGGCCCACUUCACGUUUGGCAGUGGCAGUCGUUUAGGGCACAAGGUUCACGGAAAUAAAAACAAACGGUCCCGUGUGGAGGAGACAAAUGGCCAUGUCACUGAUCAAGCAAGCCAACCCAUGGACCCUGGUGACCAAUCACUUCAGGAGCAGGGAGACACAGGAUUAAAUGGUGAUGGAACAAUGCAUGAAUCCAUGCACCGUAGUGGUGCCAAUUUGGAUAGCUUUAUCCAAGUCGACAACGCUACCCUUGCACUGCCAGGUUGA